AUGCCGUCUAACAGCCGCACCACCGCUGCACACACCCGCGCCGCUAUCCAGAACCGGCUCGAGGUGGAAGCUGUGGAGGUCUGCUUGGACGCCAUGGAGUCCCAAGACGAGGCCGACGAGCAAACAACGUACGCGGCUCGCUUUUCCAGGAAGCACCCUCCCAAGCCAUACACUCACGGCCCUUACAAGUUGAUGGGUGAGAUGUCCACCUGGCACCAAAAGUCCACCUGGCACCAAAAGUGUGCCCAAACGGACCAGGAGCUUGCGGCUCUCAACGCCGAAUGUGCUGCAAUGUACACCGACCUUUCCGGCACAGCGCCGCACACUAGGUGA